UUAAUGCAGCCUCGCUGCCUGGCGGUAGUUGCAUCUAGCAGCCGUAGGCCGACAGUGACAAUAGGGCAAGUCAGGCUGACAGAGGUACUGACGAAGCAGACAGAAGCACCAGCAAGGUGAUAUUAUUGUGCGCCGUUGUGCAUAUCGGCAACAAAGCGUUCAAUCUGCACUAUUCAGAGAUACGAUUUUGCACAGGAAAUCAGACCAGUCCUGUGACGGGUUAUCCUGCUAUACAAUUCAAGUUUCUGCUGAACGGAAUGACAGCACCAGCUAUUGCAUGCAGCGCAAUCUGAAAGGAACAACAGCAGUCACCAGAUCCCUGUGCUCCAGGCAUCUCUCCCAGGCAGAAUGAGCUCCUCUCCCCAUGGGUCCCACGGGUCUGGGUCCCGCGCCUCCAUCGACAUCCUGGAGGAGCUGCAGCUCAUUGCUGCCCAGAACCUGGAGAAGCUAGACAUCAGCAAGUACUAUGAGGUCAUCAGAGAGCUGGGUAAGGGUACCUAUGGGAAAGUGGACCUGGUCAUCCACAAAAUCAGAGGCACUAAGAUGGCUCUGAAGUUCUUGAGGAAGAAAACAACCAAACUGAAGAGCUUCUUAAGGGAGUACAGCAUCUCUCUCUACCUGUCUCCCUGCCCCUUUAUCAUCAACAUGUUCGGCAUUGCCUUUGAGACAGAUGACUACUACGUCUUCGCUCAGGAGUAUGCCCUGGCAGGAGACCUCUUCGACAUCAUUCCCCCUCAGGUGGGUCUUCCAGAGACGGUGGCUAAGCGUUGUGUCCACCAGGUGGCCAUCGCCCUGGACUACCUGCACUGUAAGAAGCUAGUCCACCGGGACAUCAAGCCUGAGAACAUCCUCAUCUUUGACAAAGAGUGCCGUAAGGUCAAGCUGUCAGACUUCGGCAUGACACGGCGUGCCGGCUCCCCAGUGAAGCGUGUCAGCGGAACCAUCCCGUACACAGCACCGGAGUUGUGCGACGCCUCGCAGCACGAGGGCUUCUGCGUGGACUACAGCACUGACGUGUGGGCCUUCGGUGUCCUCCUCUUCUGCAUGCUCACCGGCAACUUCCCCUGGGAGAAGGCCCUGCCGUCCGACGCCUUCUACCAGGAGUUUGUGCGCUGGCAGCGGCGCCGGACGGGCACGGUGCCCUCUCAGUGGCGGCGCUUCACAGACGAGGGGCUGCGCAUGUUCCGCAGGCUCCUGUCCAUUGAGCAGGAGCGCCGCUGCUCCGUUAAGGAGGUUUUCAGCUACUUCAACCACCACUGGAUGCUGGACAAUGAGCCGGGUAGCAGCAGCGUUGCAGGAGGAGGGUCAGUGGGCAGUGGGCCCCAGGUGGAGCUCAGCUCGUCGUCAUCUGAAGAGGAUGUACUGGUGGACAGGCUAAAGCAGCAGAGCCUGAUAGAGCCCAUGGGCGGACACUACUCCUCCACCGGCUCCCCCUCCUCCACCAGCAGCUACGAACGUGUCUCCCGUGACAAUGGAGGGGCCGGACGCAUCUUGGUGGCCACGCCCAUUGAAAUUUGUGUGUAGAGAUUGGCUAUGUGCACACACAUACACACACUGUAUAAACACUAACAUAUGAAGGUCAAAUAACAGAGUACGAUCUUCCUGGUCAAAGUAAGAGGUGGGAGAACAGCCUGGUCUCAUAGACUAGAAGUAACAUAGUAAAUGUAAAUCCUCGACACUGAAAUUAUUAUGAUAUGUUACUUUUUGUAUGGUUAUAUAAGACAGAUGGUUACUUAAGGCAAAAACGAAAGUAGGGUGGUUGGUCGGGCAUAUAACUCGAAUGUCUAGCAACCCAAAGGUUGCAAAUUAAAUCUCAUCACGGACAACUCUAGCAACUUUUCAACUACUUACUAGUUUUUAGCUACUUACCAUGUUAGCUAACCCUUCCCCUUCCCCUAACCCUAACCUUAACUCUUUUAGCUAACCCUUCCCCUGACCCCUAGCCCUAACCCCCAGCCUACCUAACGUUAGCCAGGUAGCUAAAGUUAGCCACCUAGAUAGAAUUCGUAACAUAUAGUACGUUUUGCAAAUUCGUAACAUAUUGUACGUUUAGAAAAUUUGUCAUAUAUAAUACGAAAUGUCAUUCGUUAUAUAGCAUAUUAAAUGGGUGAUGGACAUCCACAAAUUAUACAUACCAUACAAAACGAAACGUAGCAUAUCACACUAAAUGGAGUGUCACGGAUUUAUGUACAGAGUAAUACGAAAGACCAGGUUGGGGAGAAAGGAAGAUGAGGAAAAAGGAUGGUUGGUGCUCGAAGGAGGUGGUUGUUUCACUAUAGAUUCUGACAAACAUUCCUAUUGACGAUUAACUCUGAGGGAAUGACAAAAGACAAUUACAACCAGUACUGAUUACUGAACAGAUGUGUGGGCGUCUGCAGGCAUUUAUUGAUGUAUUGUACUGUAGCCAUAUUCAGACUAAAAUGUACAACAAGAUCGGACAGAGACAACAAACAUGUGAAGGACAAAACAAGAGUUUACAGAAUAGCAACAUAAUGUCCUAGUAAGUUGUAUUGGAGCUCACCAGAUCCUAUCGUAAAGCAAUAUGUUCAAUCAACUUCUCUGCAAAAAUGACUUCUCUGAUAAAUGGCUCAUGGAAUAAUGGAAGAAAUUAAACAAUUUUGAAUCUGCUGUAAUUGCAUCAGUAAAAGAUAAUUGGAGAGUGUAAAAGUUGGCUGUCAUUGUGACUUUUACCAUAGUCCAAUGUGAACCAAUGGUACUAUGGUGUGUCUGUAUUGUAUACCCUUAUGUUCUGUGGGUAUAAUAGCUUUAUGUAAUGUCGUUUUUGUUAAUAUUAUUUAUUUGAGCCCUUGAUUUCUGAACAUAUAUUUUUGCUAUUUAUUUUAUAAAGUAGCAUUAGAGAUUUGACUUUUUUGAUACUUUACAUUUGCCAAUGUUUUACAUUUGCCAAUUUAAGCAGUCAUUUUGAAAAGGGAAACUGCAUUUGACCUUCCCCCAUAGCAAUGUCAUAUAAUCCCAUGGAACUGCUUUUCAUCUCCUGUGAAUGGAUUAUGUUGAUGUUGGCCAUUACCUCUUUAGCAGUAGCUAUAGUGCAUUAUUAUGUCAGUCUUGUCUGCGUGCUAUGCCUGCUAGGCCUGGUACACCAUGACAGUAAUGCAGUAAUGGAUAAGAACACCGACUUUACGUGAUAGCCUGCAGUAUACAUAACCAUUAGAAGCUUAACGCUACUAUGGUUUUACUUUAGUUUAUUGACUGUUGUGUCAUGGUGACAUGAGGACGAAAUGUCCAUGUUUAAUGUAAAGCAUAAAGUGGUUUCAUUUGGAGUUUUCUCAGGUAUCCUCUUUAUAAUGUAUUAUACCAUAUGGGUAAAGAAAACUGUUAUAAGACUAUGAUAGUAUAUGGCCAAUACACACCAUAUACAGUAUAUCACAAAAGUGAGUACACCCCUCACAUUUCUGUAAAUAUUUGAGUAUAUCUUUUCAUGUGACAACACUGAAGAAAUGACACUUUGCUACAAUGUAAAGUAGUGAGUGUACAGCUUGUUUAACAGUGUAAAUUUGCUGUCCCCUCAAAAUAACUCAACACACAGCCAUUAAGGUCUAAACCGCUGGCAACAAAAGUGAGUACACCCCUAAGUGAAAAUGUCCAAAUUGGGCCCAAAGUGUCAAUAUUUUGUGUGGCCACCAUAAUUUUCCAGCACUGCCUUAACAGUCUUGGGCAUGGAGUUCACCAGAGCUUCACAGGUUGCCACUGGAGUCCUCUUCCAUUCCUCCAUGAUGACAUCAUGGAGCUGGUGGAUGUUAGAGACCUUGCACUCCUCCACCUUCCGUUUAAGGAUGCCCCACAGAUGCUCAAUAGGGGUUAGGUCUGGAGACAUGCUUGGCCAGUCCAUCACCUUUAACCUCAGCUUCUUUAGCAAGGCAGUGGUCGUCUUGGAGGUGUGUUUGGGGUCAUUAUCAUGUUGGAAUACUGCCCUGCGGCCCAGUCUCUGAAGGGAGGGGAUCAUGCUCUGCUUCAGUAUGUCACAGUACAUGUUGGCAUUCAUGGUUCCCUCAAUGAACUGUAGCUCCCCAGUGCCGGCAGCACUCAUGCAGCCCCAGACCAUGGCACUCCCACCACCAUGCUUGACUGUAGGCAAGACACACUUGUCUUUGUACUCCUCACCUGGUUGCUGCCACACACGCUUGACACCAUCUGAACCAAAUAAGUUUAUCUUGGUCUCAUCAGACCACAGGACAUGGUUCCAGUAAUCCAUGUCCUUAGUCUGCUUGUCUUCAGCAAACUAAUUGCCGGCUUUCUUGUGCAUCAUCUUUAGAAGAGGCUUCCUUCUGGGACGAUAGCCAUGCAGACCAAUUUGAUGCAGUGUACGGCGUAUGGUCUGAGCACUGACAGGCUGACCCCCCACCCCUUCAACCUCUGCAGCAAUGCUGGCAGCACUCAUACGUCUAAUUCCCAAAGACAACCUCUGGAUAUGACGCUGAGCACCUGCACUCAACUUCUUUGGUCGACCAUGGCGAGGCCUGUUCUGAGUGGAACUUGUCCAGUUCAACCGCUGUAUGGUCUUGGCCACCGUGCUGCAGCUCAGUUUCAGGGUCUUGGCAAUCUUCAUAUAGCCCAGGCCAUCUUUAUGUAGAGCAACAAUUCUUUUUUUCAGAUCCUCAGAGAGUUCUUUGCCAUGAGGUGCCAUGUUGAACUUCCAGUGACCAGUCAGUAUGAGGGAGUGUGAGAGCGAUGACACCAAAUUUAACACACCUGCUCCCCAUUCACACCUGAGACCUUGUAACACUAACCAGUCACAUGACACCGGGGAGGAAAAUGGCUAAUUGGGCCCAAUUUGGACAUUUUCACUUAGGGGUGUACUCACUUUUGUUGCCAGCGGUUUAGACAUUAAUGGCUGUGUGUUGAGUUAUUUUGAGGGGACAGCAAAUGUACACUGUUAUACAAGCUGUACACUCACUACUUUACAUUGUAGCAAAGUGUCAUUUCUUCAGUGUUGUCACAUGAAAAGAUAUACUCAAAUAUUUACAAAAAUGUGAGGGGUGUACUCACUUUUGUGAUAUACUGUACAUCCUCUUUUGGGAUUAAUUUAAAAGCUCCAGCUGAGCCUAAAUGUUCUGUGGGCAUGUCGUACCAUAACAAAUUAGUUAUCUUUUAGCUUUUAACUGUAGGUGAAAGGGCAGAAUCCUAAAAAUGAAUUUCCUUGACUGGUCUUUUAUUUUAUACAUUAGUUUGGCAAAUUUGUACAUGCAGAUGUCAGAUGAAAGCAUCAAAGGAUGAAUGGAUGAGCAUUUUUUUAAUUGCAUGGUUAAUAAAGAAAACAUGUGUGAAAUCAGAUCGUACAGUAAUUGUGCAAGUGAAAAAUAUGUGCAAAAAAAUUGUUGUAUAGUGACAUUUUUCUGUGGCACAAAUUUGCAUAAUUUGAUAUUGUUCUCAAAAUAAAAAAUCUAGGGCUGAAAUAGCAAAAAAUAAUUGUUCCAUUGUAUUUGACGUGCUAUAUUUGUAUAGGCUUCCGUCACAAGAUCACAGACGAUGUAGUGGGACUAUGGGGAUACUACCUACAUGUCCUCAAGUACAUUUGGGAUGUGACUUGAAUUAUUUGUUUUAUUUUGUGUGACUUACCUUUAAAAGGGAAACAUUUCAAAAGCUGGAAAACAGGAUGGGAUACUGGAUAUAAUGUCCACCAUGGAACAUCUGAAAUACAUGAGGCAUUUGGGAGAAAUGCACAACGGUUCAUUUUAGAAUAGACUCUACUCUCUCUGUGUGUUGUGUUUUUCAGAAAUGUUUGCAUGAAUCAAUAUUGCUCUGGAGGAACGCUGUUGAAAUAAAUCUCUAGAGUGAAAAGUUGCAGUAUUUAUUUUUCUGCCACUGGAGAAAAUACUUAUUGUAUGUAAACAGAGGCAAACACACUGGGCCCUAUUUCCCCCUCUGCCGCACCCACCACCCCCUCAGAAACACACUAGACUGAAAGAAAUUCAGCACUUUUUUGUCUUUAAAUAAACAUCAAUGCAUUUUGAAAGCAGCAGUCCAGUUCUGUUGCCUCUCAGCUGCUGAUAUAUUCUCUUGAGUAGAUAUUUCAUAAAUCUGUUAUUUAUGUGUUUUGUUAUUAGUAAUGUUAUGGGAUUUCCUUGUCUUUCUGUGCCGUGUAAUUUUACCACGCUGCUGUGUUGUGGAGUUUGUCUGUAGAACAUGUGCUGCUAGAACUCGUCUCUUAUUCUGUCCAUCCAAUAGAACGCUGUCUUCCCUAAACUUUCCUCUCCUUUCAUUCAAAAUUAAAUAAAGCAAUCUGAAAUGAA